AAGUGCUCUUAAGGGAUUUAUCUACAAGUUGGAUUGUCACAUAUCUUUUGAUUUUUAUAAAUAUAAAAUUAUGAAGAUUUGUAUAAUUCUCAGCAUUUUUGUUUCGCUUGCUGUGUUAAUCAAUGCACAUGCGUCGAAAAGGGCUGCGACCUCAACAGUGGCGUCUCAAAUUCGCUUCCUUCUAGAUGAGGAGAAAAGUCUGAGACAGAAGCUAGAAACAAGGGUACAGAAGUUACGACAACAAGCUGCUAGUUUGAACAACACUAUAGUUCCUUGUACUUGCACGACAUCAUCACCCACUAGUACCUCCUCUACUCAGGUUGCGUACACAGGGACCACUGGAACAAGCACUAUAUCAAGUCUGAACCCAAACACUGUCUUCAACUUCACUCAUGAUCUUGUCAAUAUUGGACAUGCAUUCAAUCCAACUGAUGGCCAUUUUUAUGCACCCGUUGACGGGCUAUACGGCUUCUCAUUGGCUGUUUACAUGGCCGUGCGGUAUUCUAUAAAAAUGGAGCUGGUGGCGAAUGGUAAACCAAUCCUUAACGUACAGACGGCCCAUUAUUAUUCAGGCAGUUACAACCGACAAGAGAACAUGGCAGUCAACUUUGCUGUCGUCAACAUUACGAAAGGAACGGAAGUAUGGCCUCGCUAUAUUUCCGGUUCCGGUUCCCUCUACGGACAAGGCGUUCCUACAUUUUCCGGAUAUCUUCUUCAUGAAUUUUAACGUUAUGAUGCGUGUAAAAUAAGAGAAUAAGUAAAACAAUAUAAUGACUG